GCCGAGGGCAACGUUCAGCAUAGCAUCCCGAUCGCUUGUACUGUUAACAUCACAUAGUACCCCCUGGACUCUGCGAUGCGCGCUCAGGUGAAAGACGGUAUCAUAUAUUCGCCCUACCCGGGCUUCGAAAUUCGAAACUGCUCUUUCUACCAGAUCUUGAGGGAAUGCAUGACAAAGUACGCAAACAAGAAGUUAGCGAUCGACGGCGAUAUCGAAAUGUGCGGGUCCGAAAUCUUGACGAGCGCUGAGCACUAUGCUACCUGCCUCCGACAGCAUGGAAUCCUGCCGGGAGAUUUCAUCUGCGUGCACUUUCUGACAAGCCUAAAAAAUAUUGUCGUCAUGCUGGGAGCGCUAUCGUCUGGAGCGACUGCAGUACUGUCCAGUCCAACGCUUACUACGCGGGAGCUGCUAUAUCAGCUGACCGACACGGGAGCACCGUACAUCAUCACGGAUCGACAGAACGCUCAGAAAGUGCGAGAAGCCAUGGAACGCUAUCCGAUAAAGAAAGCGCUUAGUGUGGAUGAUGUACCGGGGUUCACAAGCCUCAGUGACUGUGUAGCGGACGCUACUUUCAAAGAACACGAGGUAGCCGACCCCAGUGAUGAAGUCCUAGCAAUCUUGUAUUCCUCUGGAUCUACGGGUCUUCCAAAGGGCAUAAAUAUAACGCAUCGCAAUUUCUACUGUUCGUUGCACAUGUUCAAAAACCUAAACCUUCUCACUGAGGACGAUGUUCACAUGGCAUGGAGUCCUCUCACCCAUGCCUCUGGUUUUGUGUACACUCUCAUAAGCCUUCUGCUUGGAGCAAGGACUAUCAUUGAGGAGCCGAGCACACCAGUACACAAUAUCGUAAAAUCUGCAAAUCUCCACAAGGUUACUUUUUGGUUGGGAUUUCCUGUGAAACUUCAAGUCCUUAUGAACGAAAUGGAAAAACAAGGGCUACGUCUAAAUCCAGUCAAGAAACUUCUCAUUGGAGGGACAUCAGUUCCAGAUGCUCUCGGACAUAGGCUGGUGAAAGUGUUCCGCCCUACGACACUCGUAAACGUCUACGGACAGUCGGAGGUAAUAGGCCCCCUGACUUCCCCACCCGUUGGCGAGAUCACUUACGGCAAUGUGGGCGUGCCAACUGCAAACGUCCAAGUUAAGAUCAUAGAUCCCGAAACAGUAAUGACGCUAGGAUGCGGUGAAAGUGGAGAAAUCUGCGCCAGAACACCAGCCAUGAUGAAAGGCUACUUCAGACGACCAGAAGCCACUGAAGCUGCUAUCACUCCUGAUGGUUGGAUAAGAACAGGGGAUGCCGGUUACUACGACGAGGCCGGUAGAUUGCAUAUUGUUGACAGACUCAAGGAAAUGAUCAAAUGCUUGGACAUGCAAUGUGCCCCUGCAGAACUGGAGGGUAUCUUGUUGAGUCACGAAGCCAUCGGUGAAGCAUGCGUCGUAGGUGUCCCGCACUCCGAUUAUGGCGAAGCUCCAACGGCUUUUGUUGUCUUAAAGCGCGCACAUAAACGGGAAGAAAAGUCAAUAGGGCAGCAGCUUCAGGACCUGGUUGCCAAGCAAACGGCUGUGUACAAGCGUCUGUACGGUGGAGUGUUCGUUUUGGAAGCCUUGCCUAAAACUGGAAACGGUAAGAUAGACAGGAAGCAAGUGAGAAUGGCGUGCAAAGCUGUUGCAGAUUAGGCGCGACCUCGGACCGGAGCACAUCGUGGACUGCGUCUUCAAUAGUCUUAAUCUAUUGAUUGAUUAAUUGAUUUAUUGAUUGAAAAAUAAAAAUAUGAAGAUGCGAGCCCCGCUAAGGUCGGGACAGCCUAUUAUCUUCAGUCA